GUGGUCGUCGUUGAGUCUCGAUGUUCUUCUCACGCACAACAUCAGAAGCGAAAUGGCUGAAGAGGAGGUCGAGCAAACUUCUGGAAUUCUUCAGGAAAUUUUCACUUCGCCUCUGAACAUUAGCUUGCUAUGUCUCUGUUUAUUCCUGUUGUACAAAAUCGUCCGCGGAGACAAGCCUGCAGACUUUGGCCCGGUUGAAGAGCCGCUGCCUAAACUAAAGAAAAGAGAUUUCACUUUAGCAGAACUGCAAGAGUACGAUGGACUGAAAAACCCAAGAAUCCUGAUGGCUGUCAAGGGGAAAGUGUUUGAUGUUACAAGAGGAAAGAAGUUCUACGGACCAGAGGGCCCUUAUGGGGUCUUUGCAGGCAGAGAUGCAUCCAGAGGACUGGCCACGUUCUGUUUGGAGAAGGAAGCCUUGAAAGACACUCAUGAUGAUCUUUCUGAUCUCAAUGCUAUGCAGCAAGAGAGCCUGAACGAGUGGGAGACCCAGUUCACACAGAAAUAUGAUUAUGUUGGGAAGCUUCUUAAACCUGGAGAUGAACCAACUGAGUACACAGAUGAUGAGGAAGUCAAGGACAAAAAGAAAGAUUAGGACAUGGAGAUCACAACAAACCUAGCUCUUCCAUUCAUGUUAGUUUUGUUGCAGUCACAUUCGCCGAUAGCUCAUUUUGACUGUUUUGUCUGAACCUCCACAUCAUUUCGUAUACGUCACUGUGACCUUAAUUAGCGCGUCAUGUGUUCAGAAACAGAAUUUCAUAUCACUGUAUUCGUAGACCUAAUGUAGUAUAUGAUAUAUCUACAGCAACUGUGACUCAUAAUAGUGUCAAUUGAAGAAUUCUUGGGUAAAAAUAUUCUUCAGGAAUAUAUAGCUUGCUAUAAAUAUGGGUCACAAUUCUCACUCUUUUUAUUUUGAUUGCUGACUCCAGAUUUUGAUCUAGCCAGAGAACAUUUAAACCAAAUACAUAUAUAAACAUCAAAAUGCACUAGAAUGCUUUUAAAUGAGCAUCGUAGUAAAAGUUGGAGUGGAGAUCUCAUCCAGGGGUGCUUGUUGGUCCGGUUUUCCGAUACAGAUUAAGACAUACUAAAGAAGGUUUCGAGCAAACUUAUCACACACUAGUCUUAACAUCUGCUCAGGAAAUUUGUAGAUUAGAUACACAUUCCAUUCCAUUAUGUUGAGAUUAUAUUUUCAACUUUUGUUACCGAGUAAAGUAUUUGCAAAACACCUUUUCUGUUCAUAAUGUUCAUUAUUAAAGAAUAUGAUUUAUUA